AAAUGUGAACUUGAAGACUUAGGUGAUAAAAUAAGCAUUUACAUUAAAUCUCUAGCUAAUACCAAUAAAGAACAAAGGGGCAGUAAAGCAAAGGAGUUGCUUGCAAGAUAUAGAGAGCCUCGAGAGCAAUCUACAAAGUUAGUGUUGGGGCGGAGACAGUCUCAAGGAUUGUCUUACGCUCAAGGUCGAUCUGGUGAAAUAGAAAUAGAAAGUGAUUUACAAAAUAAAGAAUAUUACUAA